AUGUCCUCCAAAACAGAAAGAGCUUGCAUGCUCUGCGGCAUCAUCCAGCCGUACAGACGUUUUCUAGAGACCGGCUGUCCCAACUGCGAGUCUGUUUUGCACUAUGCCGAUAACGAGGACGGCCAGAUCCAGGACUGUACUUCUCCAGCAUUUGAAGGUCUAGUGGCUCUUGGAGACGACAACAAGGCAUCGUGGGUGGCCCGCUGGCUCCGUAUAGACUCCUUUGUUGCUGGAUUAUAUGCGGUCAAGGUGAACGGAAAGUUGCCUCCACACAUCAUCAGUGACUUGGAGGACCAGAACAUCAGCUAUAGACCUAGAGACGGCAGUGCCGAGGAUUAG